AUGGAAAAAAAGCCAAUAACGCGCCACGAUAUCUCUGCCAACAUCCCCGAGCUGUUUUCGCGCAUCGAAGUCCUGGAGGAAGCUGUACUGAGGCACACAGGUAAAAGCAGUUUGGUAGCACGUUGCGGGACCACUUCUUUCAAAACCUUGGCACCUCCAAAUCCUGAGACUCGCAUAUCAGGCACUGGGUUUGGAAAUGCACUCAUUUUUAUGGAAUCCAACCAGCAUCCUCGCGACCAGAGCUCAGCAUGUCUUGCCUUUGAAAUCAGCUGUCUUCCAACCCUUGGUCAAACUCAUGUUAUAUUUGAUCAUUUUGUCCACAGUACGCAUCUUAAUUUUGGUGUACUCCAUGUCCCAUCUACCCGCGCCAUAUUAGAAGACAGCUAUCAUCGUCUACAGCUGGGGAAAACUCUCUCUGCAACUACACUUCUGCUCCUGUUCAGUAUUAUUUCUAGUGCCGCGUUUACAUGGACCCCAACCUUGCUGAAAAGGCUUUGCAUAACAUCUUUUGAGGCCAAGGACUUACAUGCUGCAUACAGUCGCUUGGCUUUGGGGCUUCUUGAUCAUGAUUUACCACCCUCUACUUCCGCCCUAGCUGGGAUAAGUACCCUCACCUACCUUCACACCAAUGCAGAAGGUCUCCCUGAUAAAGUGCAUCAACUGCGUGCGCGGGGACUUUUGAUGGCACGCGCGAUGCGUAUCCAUUGCCUCGACACCCCCAAGAGCCGUGACCAGCGCCGGCUAAAUGGAUACGAUGGUAUUGAAGUUGAAGUGCAAAGACGAAUUUGGUGGCACAUGGUCUCCUCUGAUUGGUUGCUCGCAUUCUCUGGUGGACCCCAAGAAGGAACCUACAUCUUCCAGAAGAGGCACAUGGUGGUGCAGUAUCCCAGCAAUCUGGAUGACAAUACCAUCACUACGACCUUCGACCCUGACAGUGUAUCAUAUGACUUAUCAUGCUCGGUCCCCACAACUAUGUCCGCUUCUAUCGCCCGAAUUAGAUUGGCGGAAAUAUGUGAAGAAGCAGUUAAUCAACUCCCAUUCAAUGGGCUCGAAUCCAGCAACCUGGAUUACGAUACCGUCCUUGGUUUAGAUGCACAGUUUCAAGAUUACCUGCGCAAUCUUCCAUGGUUCUUCCAGCUUCACCCAGGAAGGGCCCAUGAGUUUCAAUUCGGUUUGCAGGAGCACCCCUAUAUCUCUUGGCAGCGACUCAUCAUUCACUUCAUGACCCACACCCGCUUAUGUUGGUUGCAUCGCCGGUUCCAUAUGGAGAGUUCCUUAAACGGUCGCUAUAAAUAUUCACGGCAAGUGGGCAUAAGCUCCGCUCGUAUGGUACUCGAGUUACGGCGCCUCAUGGACGAUGCAGGCCCUCCAGUGAACAUCAAUCCAUGCCGCUUAUGGUCGAUAAUGCAACACGUCUUCCAUGCUGCCACUCUUCUAGCCAGUGACUACUCUCUCUAUCCAACCAGUUCAGAUGCUACUACUCGCCAGGAUGAAGUUUUGGCGGCUUGUCGCACACUUGAACAGUCCUCACCAGAUGUAGACGGUAUCCAGAGGGUAGUUCAAAAGCUCCGUGCUACUCUGCAAGAAUGUAAACUCAAAAAAAUCCCUUCUACCACCAAAAACCCAAUAUUAUUGGGUUCAACAGCACGCAGACUAUCGCGAUCGAUUUCAAAAGAUGCCGAUGACCAAAUGAUGGAAUAUACGGCAGAUCCUAGCUCGGCCCUGAGCAAUUGUGAGGGGGUUUCCCCACCACCUCUGGACCUACUCUGGCCUGGGCUUGUUGACGCGGCUCCUGAAAUGGACCUGAAUCUGUGGACAUCCCUUUUAGAUGAAAUUGACGGGACUCUUGGCGCAGCACCACUUGGGAACCUAUGGGGAGGGUUCGAAUACAAUAAUUGA